CAGGUAACGGCGCCGAAGUUCCCUGUUGUGAUCAAGAUCGGGCACGCGCACAGCGGCGUGGCCAAGGUGAAAGUGGACUCUUUGGCCGACUUCCAGGAUAUAGCAGGCGUGGUGGCAAUGCUGGGAACAUAUUCUACUGUAGAGCCAUACAUCGAUGCUAAGUACGACAUCCACAUCCAAAAGAUUGGAACAAACUACAAAGCCUUUAUGCGCAAAUCUAUAUCCGGCAAUUGGAAAACUAAUCAAGGCUCCGCUAUGCUUGAAGCUAUUGGCAUGAACGAUAGAUACAAGAUGUGGAUCGACGAGGUCAGCGAGAUAUUCGGUGGUCUGGAAGUAUGCGCCCUGGAGCUGGUAGUGGGAAAAGACGGUCGUGAGCACAUCAUCGAGCUCAAUGAUUCCGCCACCUCCUUUAUGGGUGACUCGCAGGAAGAGGACCGACGUAAUCUCGCAGAACUCGUCUUCCAACGCAUGCAGUCCGUCUGCCGACCCGGCUUAACAAAGACUACUUCCCGAAGCUCAGUUGCGGGUAGCGGUGCCGCUUCACCCGAAGAACGCUCUAUUGCCUCAGGACCUCCCAGCGUACCACCUCCCGUGCCGCUCGCCACCGCUGCCAGUAUCGACCGCCCACUGCCGCCCAUCCCUGCAGAACCAUCGCAACCGCCACCACCACCAUUAGCUCGCCGUGACUCGCAAGCAUCACAAUCAUCGACCGUAUCUUCGGCAUCGGUCGCGCCUAGUACUGCUAGCAGCUCUGCAACCCCCGCGGUGCCAUCCGCAGCCAGCACUGCUCGCAGCGGCUUCGCCCGUCAAGGCUCGCUCAGCGCAACUCUUACAGAAGACGCAGAAGACACUAUGAAGAACCUCCGUAAAACCUUCGCUGGGAUCUUUGGAGACAUGUAACACGAUCCAAACAUAGAGAACCGACUUCCUUAACACCUUAUAAGCCCCGAUCCUUACGAUGUUCGAAGUGCCGUAACUAGUUAGUCAGAUGAAGUUGUUCUUACAUUUAUUGCAUCUUCAGACGUUGCCUACUGAAUACUAUAUGCUUGUAAUAAAAAGUUUAAAUAUAAUCAAAAAUGAAGUCACGAUAAAUAGAGAUUCUCUUAAAUAAUUAGAGAAAACUUUGAUUUUCUUCCGAUAAGACUCUACUCGAAGUAAUAACGUAAUGUUUGAAACUAUUGCUUGAAGUUAUCUGACUUAUAAAGUGCCCAUUGGGUAUUAUAUAUAGGUGUCCUGAAAGUAUGUUCACAGAAUGCAAUUUGAAUGUUACGUACCUUAACAUUUAAUACAUUAUAGGUACGACAGGCAAUUUUGAACAUCGUAUUAGAUAUGGUCUCAUCGUUAUUCUUAACUUAAUUGUUAUAAAGAACUCGUACUUCUACGCUAAGUUUGGCUAUAAAUAAACGAGAAAUAUAUUUGCGUACUGUGACUUUGGAGAAUGAUAUAAAAAUACAAAAAGUUAAAUCUUGAUGGGAAUAUCCGUAAAUGCUUAACAGCAACAUAUUGACACUGUUAUAACCAAAAGAAGGUAGAGAAACAAGGUUGAUGCCUUAUUUUUUAAUAAAAUAUGAAAUUAUAGCCAAAACAUAAAAUAAUCAAUGAAGUUUUUAUAAUAACAUACCAAUGAUAUUUAACUCAGGUGCGAUAGAAAAUCAAGUAGUGUUCAAAAUUUCCAUCACAUCAAAAAAUUAUUUAUCGCUAGUUAUUUACGGAUAGAUCAUUAAUAGUGUAUCUUGUUUUUUUUUUACAACCGCAUGACCAUCAAAAAAGAAACAGUUUUGGCGUUAAAUAGUAUCUAUAGAAUUACACAAAAGAGAAAAAGCAGAAUGUGUAAGCCUAGUCUUAAUGUAAUAUAACGAUAGAUUUUUUACAAUAAGUUUAAUAAAGUACGAAUCAACUGAGCUACAUUGUGAUCGAAUCUGAUAAAAGCGAGGCGCAUAUUACUUAUGCGUCUUGUCUAACAUUAGAAGUAGAGAAGCCUUCCACUGUAGUAAACUUCUUUCUAAUUUUACCCACGGCGGUAUGAAAACGAUAGGUGCGUUUGGGGUAAGAGAUUGUGUACGUGAUUGUUUGUGAGUGUGUCUGUCUGAUAUUUUCUUCAAAUGUAGUUGCAAGUUUUGGACGUGGUUUUAUACUUUACAUUGGUAAUUCUUAAGAGCAGAUUGUUAGAUCGGUUAUGUCGAUGCUAUAGUCGUGGGGAAUUGCACUUGUAUCUUUCUACAUUGCAGCUGAUAAUUUUGUUUAGCAAGCUUUUGUGGCUUCACUUUGUAGGAGCUCAUAUGGCUCCUUAUUCAUGAAUGGGUAGAAUUUAUUACAAAUCUGGCUCUACAGGAAUUUAAAUCUUAUUUAUCUGCAAACACGUUUCAAUAAUAUCAGUAUUUGUAUUGAAAAAAACUAUUCUAUUUCUCUAUUGUUAUAAUAAUAUGCAGCAAAUAAAUCUUAAAUAACUUCUUAGUAACACAAAAAUAUCCACAAUUACUUCCAAUGAAUAUUAUUAUGGCUUUUCUGUUGAUCUUGAUGAGAUCUUAAAAAACUGCGAUACACUAUCCAAAAUUUAUUUUAUCUAAACUCACUCAAAAGUCUUAUUCUGCGUCUGAGUUAGAAUCUUGUUCCCGCUGAUUCUCCAAAUUACUCUCGCGAUAAUUUGAGUUCGUUAAGAAUAUUAUAGACAAGUGAUGUUAUUGUAGUAAUUCUUGUCAGCUUCGAGAAGCUUAAUCGCAAGUAAAAGGAGAUUUUAUAUAUUCCACUUUACGAGGAAUGUGAGUAAACCUAAAACGAUAUAGAUUCCUUGUGUGGUUGUUAGUAACUGGGGCGUAAGCAAUGCUAUUUAAGACAAUAUUGUUGAAUGCAAAAAUAUUCCACAUUUUAUAUAUCUUAUUACUAGUUAUAUCUCGUAGUUAUAAGAUUAGUAUUGUUGUAUUUGUGUGAUGCUCACACAAUGUUUUUAAUCUAGUGAUGCUUAAUCAUUUUAGUAACGUUGAUGCAUUGUUUUAUCAAUAACUUUAGUGAAAAUUAGAUAUAAUUUUGCAACUUAGUUACCUAUUCAUUGUUUGGCCCUUAUUGCCUUAUGAAAGUUAUUAUUAUAUUUAUUUAUUUAGUAGGGAAUAUCAUACUUGCAAAUCUUUGUUAAUUCAUAUCAAGAUCGCAUUUUCGUUUUUAAAUUAUUGCAAGUACUUACCUAAUAUAGCGCUUUUUCUACGUCUUGUUCACUGUCCUCAAAAAAUAGACUUCGUGAUAUAAGUAUAUUUAUAAACCUUUUGAUCAAAAUGGUAUACACUUAAAUAAGAAAUUAGUAGUGCAAUUUUAUUAAAUGUUGUUUUAACGCAAUGAUGUGCAUAAUGCAAUAAAAAAAUUCCAUGUUUUAUUUAAUUUUUCUUACAUUUAUCACUUGUUACUGUAUAACUUACAACGAAAAACAAAAAAAAUAUAUUAUGCCAUGCCUGAGUACCAAAAUACUAAAAAUAUUUUAUACUUAACUCUAUCAUUAUUACUAACGCAAGCAAAUCUAAAUCUAACUAAUAGGUGUCUUGCACUACUGAGGCCUUGGCAUUGUAACGUACAUCCUAAACUAAAUAUUCUUAGAUUAUAUUUAUACAUGCACAUGGUAGCAAAUUUUUGACACGAUACCUUUAGCUAAUAAUAAUAAGUGUCUACGAAAUGCGUUAGAUGACUAUUGACAAAAAUAUAUACCUACCAACGUAAUACCUAUAGCGUGGUACCUACGUUAAAAUAUGAUUGUAAUGUCGUUGAGUUUUGUAAUAAGUCAAUAAUAUUAAUUUAUAUAUUAGACUGUUCUGCGUUUAAUAAUAGUAAGAUAAUUAAUAUAAACACUGAAUAUAAUGCUGUUGUUGUUGUUGCUAAACAAGUUAUACAUUGUGUACCUACUCAUAUGGAAAAUGAUUAAGAUCUGUUCCGAUAAAAUUAAAAUAUACAAAGUAAAGCUCGAAAUAUUAUAAUUUUGUCGCAGCAGUCUUCAGUUAGUAUAAAGAGGCAUGGUUUGUCACAGUUAUAUGUUUAUUAUAGAUGUGUUACAUUUGAUGGGUGAGAAAAGAUUUGGUGUGCAUGAAUAGGUACACCAAAUUAGACGUCAGGUAAUAAACGUCUAAGCUAGUUAGUAAAUACAUGAUUAAAUAGAUCUGUUAUCACCAAGUCUAAUGAAGUAGUAUUUUAGUAUGUAUUAUGAUUAUUCAUAAUAAUUUGCAUUAACGUACCUACUAAAGAUAAUAAAAUAGUAAUGGAAAAUUUAGUUCGUUUACUGAAUAUAGUUAUUUGGAAAUUGGCUUAAGUCCUACCCCUAGCUCUAGAAUAAUGAAUGGCUUGAAAUACGAUCUAUGACAAAAAAAAAGUGCUACAGCAUAGGUAUACAACGAGUGCCGCAAAGAAUAUCACGGAGGCCAUAAAUUUAAUGAUGAUUAAUGAUUUUAAUAAAAUAAUCAAUCUAAUUUAUGGUGGUUAGUCAAAAGGAUUGAAGUCCGAAGAAAAUGGGGUUCGUCAAAUAUUGUUUUGAAUUCUGAAAGCUGUUCAUUGGUCUGGAAUCCCAAACACCGUAGUCCAAGAAACUAUUAAAGGAUGACAUUUUUCAAUGAAGCGCGUUGUAAUAGGCUACGUGCUGUCGAGGCUGGUGAUUCUUUAUCUAUCUAUAUAAAAUGUUUGAUUGUUUCUAACUGUUAUUGUGUUUAAAGUACAUAUGGGAAUAUAGCAAUAAUUUAUAAGUCUGUUAAUUAUUUGACAAAUAACACGUGGCAUCCAUGCCUAUACGAAAGUAAUAAUGUAAUGGAAUUUGU